CUAGCAGGCAUGAUGAAGGAUGUCAAACAACACUGACCCAGACAACCAGUGUGAAUCUGGAGAUACCUUAUGUGUGGUUAGAGUCUACCAGUUGGAGCUCAUAGUAGUGCCAGCCCUUCUCCUGUUGAUAUUUCUCGUAGUUCUUCUGGGCCUGCUCAUUGCACGCUGCUGCUCAAAGAAACCCACCUCAAGCUCGCCCACGACCGUUCAUGUACACCAUCACACAGCUACACACAUAUCCAGAGAUGGUCAUCAACACAGUCAGACUCGUAGGUCCACUCACGAUCAUCAGCAUAGCCAACCUCACAGUGACCAACACAGCCGACCACGCAGAUCAACUCACAGACAGGACAGACAGCACUUGCAAGGGAUUGAUGCUCCUCCCGAAUUGAACCCGUUGGAGCAUGAAGUCCUCCCCCUGAGGCACAGCACCCCCACUGCGGCCCCUGCAGUACCGCAGUCGCCCACUGAGUGGCAGCGCGGCACUUUCCAGGUGGUCAGGCCACUGCCCCUUUCCUUCUCUAUGAAGGCGGACAAUACCGUCACCAUCUACCGCGCCAGAGUGGACCGCAAAGACGUCAUUCUCAGAGUGCUCAAAGAAACUGCGGAUGUGAGUGAGCGUCAGGCUUUCCAAGGUUUCGCCAACUUCCUGUCUGAGCUGGGGCCACACCCCUUCCUGCCCAGCCUGAUGGGCGUGGUUUUCAGACACACGCCCCUCAUCACCGUGAUUGAGGAGCUGGAGAACAGAGACCUGCUGGGCUUCCUCUGGAGGUGUCGACAGGAUCAGCCAACAGAAGGACCACCAUGUGACAUCACAGAGAAGCACAUAUUCACCAUGGGUGGACAAAUAGCUUCUGCCCUGGAAUACUUGCACAGCAAAAACUGUAUCCAUGGCAACAUCGGAGCCAGGAGUGUGCUGGUUGGCCGAGACCUCACAGCCAAGCUGUGGGGAUUGGGUCCCGCCUACCGGAGGAUGUCCCAGCCCACUACUCCCGGCUCAUUGGAGGAUAUGGAGUUGAAGAAGUGGCAGGCUCCAGAGGUAUUGGCCAGGAGGCCUUUCACCCAAAGCAGUGACAUCUGGUCCUUCGGCAUUCUUUUAUAUGAAAUGGUCACCCUUGGUGACCCCCCUUUCCCAAGGAUCCUGUCUGUUGAACUCCUUCAGCAACUUCAGAGAGGCAAAACCCUCAGGAAACCAGUGCAAUGUUCAAAUUCACUCUACACCAUCAUAAAGGCCUGCUGCCAGUGGAGCCUACAAGACCGUGCCCCAUUGGCUGAAGUUCAAAGAAAGCUCCAAUCAGGAGAGAGGAGUGCGAAUGCUACCACAGUGCUUCGGGUGCCUGAGCUACUGGACAUUGAGAGUUACAUGAGGGAGGCGGGAUACGGAGAGUCCUACAACUAUGCUGUACUCUGACAGGCUGGCUGGCUUGUCAAUAUCAUCCAUGAACAGUCAAGAUUUACUCUAGCAAUCUUGCAAGCUGCAGAAAAUCUUCCAAUACACCAAGCCCUCUAUUUGAAUGACAAUGCAUUGUUUGUACAAGAUAUGUAAAAUAGGACCGUUAAGGUUAUAUAUUUCUGUUGUUUUAUUUGUGCAAUAUUUUAUGUUAUUUUAUGUCCACUGGGUAAUCCUCUUGUAAUCUGGUGUGGAAUGUUUAGGGCUGUUUUACCCCCUACCCCAGUCCUUCUCUAUCUUGCUGGAUGCAAGAUGAGAUAAACUGCACUUUCUAUGUGACACUGUCAUUAUUAAAAUGUGCAUACUAUAAAAGUGUGCAAUUCUUCCCUUAUAA